AUGUCUCGCGUUCUUCUCAUCACAGGAGCUACUGGUAAGCAGGGUGGCUCUGUCAUCGAUGCUCUGCUUGACCUUCCCAACGCCUCCGACUUCACCAUCUUGGCUGUGACCAGAGACUCCAACAGUGGCAGCGCAAAAAAGCUCGCCGACAGAGCAUCAAACAUCAAGCUCGUUCAGGGAAACCUUGACGACGUUCCCGCUCUCUUCCAAGCCGCCAGCAAAGUCGCCCAGCAGCCAAUCUGGGGCGUCUAUUCCGUGCAGAUCUCGAUGGGCAAGGGUGUGACCUUCGAGGGCGAAGUCAAACAAGGUACCGACCUUAUCGAUGAGAGUGUCAAGAAUGGUGUCAAGCACUUUGUCUACAGCAGCGUCGAGCGUGGUGGUGACGAGCAGAGCUGGGACAAUGCAACUCCUAUUCCUCAUUUUCAGACCAAACAGCUGAUCGAGAUCCACCUACGCGAUAAGGCACAAGGCAUGGGCUGGACCAUCUUGAGACCCGUCGCCUUCAUGGACAACCUGCAACCAGGGUUCCCUACCAAGGUCUUCUUGACUGCGCUUCACAAUCACCUUGGCGACACCAAGCCUCUCCAAUGGGUCGCUACCGCGGACAUUGGCUUCUUCGCAGCACAGGCCUUUAUCUACCCUGAGGAAUGGAACCACAAAGCCCGCGGUCUGGCUGGCGAUGAACUCACCUUCCCUCAAAUUUCCAAGGCUUUCGAGGACGCAACCGGCUCUCCUGCAGGAACCACCUUCUGGGGCCUUGGUUCUGUUUUGACUUACAUGGUCACUGAGCUGGGCCAUAUGAUCGGUUGGUUCGCAUCUGAUGGUUACAAAGCCGACAUUUCCGACCUGCGCUCGAUCCACCCUCAGAUGUUGGACAUGAAGACCUGGUUGAAGAAGAAGAGCGCCUUCACAACCAAAUAG